AUGUGGGAAGGAGUGAGGAAGAAGGGAAAGUCACAGAAAGAAAGGAUGAUAAAAGGAAGCAACAAUGGUGAGUGGAAGAGAGUGGCUGGUUAUGUGGGUUUGCUUCAAAGCUUACCAACCAUGAUUGCAACACUGGACUUGCAUUUCACUCAAACCUCACAUCCAAAAAUGGUUGAGGGUCUCAAACUAGCAUCUCCGGCACUCAACCAAAUUCUGCUCAAACUUUACUGUGCUGAGAAGCCCUUGGAGAUUGAUCAUCACUUGUAUGAAUUUGGGUCAGUGGAGUAUCAUAUUCAGUCUCAAGCCUCUAAUCCACAACUAGCCUACUUGUCAAUAUCAAUGCCACCUCUUUGCCAUGGAGUCCUACCAAAUCAACUUUCUUCUAAGACCAUUGAAAUGGUUAAGGAUAUAUGUCCUAAUGUUGUGGAGAUUGUAGAUUCUACCAGAGAAGGAUACCAACUUACUCUAAAGCUUAAUCUUAAUCAAAUUCCAAGAAACAAAGACUAUGAAAAGGUCAUUAGGGAGAUAUCAACAGUAUAUUCAGUAAUUCUGAGUUCACAGUUGAAAGAAAUAUUAUGGAACGUUAACUCUGAUGAUGCACUUCAAGGGAUGUACAAACCCAUCAAACUAGUCUACCAUUCAAGAGAACCUUUCUUUCUCAUCAGGCAGCCACAAAGAAUCAUAGCAGUAUUCCCUAUUCGUUUCAAGGAACAGUCAGAUGUGACUAUUGCCACAACUUUCUUCCAGGAGCUUGUGGACGUGGGAAGUUCAGACAAAUGGGCCAAGGCACCACCUUGCAACUGGUCAGCCAUCCCUCCACCAGAGUUACGAGGAGAAGCUUUUGAGGAUUUGAGUACCAAUGGAGGGUUUUUCACUUUUGAUAUCUCUUCUCGCCAUGUAGAAGGAAAUAGGCUAGACAAAACUGUCUGGAAUCUAUUAAAUUUUAAUGCCUAUGUUAGAUACCAUGUAAAGAGUACCAAAGGUUUUAUUCAAAGAAGGAUGAGGAAGCGCUUGGAAAGUUUAGUUGAGGUCCUGCACCAAACAAACUCAGAAGAAAAUGAACAAACCAAACAACAUCAAGUAUAUAGGUACACAAAGAAACUAGUAAAAUCAACAAAAUAUGUCAUCCUGAAACAAAGAUGGGGAACAUUUGGUAGAAAAAUAAAGAGGAUCGGUUUCCGACUUAAAAUUCAUGCAUUUACACGAUUUCGUCAACGAUGGUUGAGGUUCCCAAAAUUUUCAACAGGAUAUACAAAAAUAGAGUAG